AGGAGACCGCCUCCCACAGCCAGAUUUAUUUUUUAGACUGUCCCUUGCUAUAUACACGUUUUUUGUCGAAGAAAUCACUCGUGAAACAACAAAUUCAAAAAUGAUUGACGAUAUGAUCACAGCGAAGAAAUUCAGUGCAGACAUUUUGGAAAAGGCUGAAAAAUUAAAAGUUUCAAUCCCAUCCGUACCUGAUAAAAUCGAUUCUCCAUUCUUCUUUGCCAGAUUUUUGAAUGCAAAUAAUGGAGAUGUGGAAAAGACACGCCAGAAAAUUAUACAGUUAUUCGAACAUCGUAAACUAAUGGGAUAUGAAAAAAUCAACGAUCUCGAUAUUUUUACAACCGUAAAUAUUGGAAAGGAUUGUUUUGAGAGAUUCCAUAUUUCUCAACUUAACUAUGAAGUCACAUCAAAAAAUCUUCAUGUGUUUGUACAAAAAAUGGAAGGAACUGAUAUCAAAGAAAUUUUAAAAGUGAUGCCAUUGAGCUAUGUUCUUCACUCAUACUUUAUGCUCCAAGAAAAUUUUUCAAGAGCAAUGGCACACACUGAAAGAAAGACAGGAAAAACAUCUUCAGUCGUCUGUAUUCUGGAUUUGAAAGGAUUAAAUCUAAUGGAUUUCAUGAAUCCGUUGUCAGGACCUGCACAGUUGGCACGGCUCGUGGUGCAAGUUUGGGCAGAAUAUUUCAGCGAACACUUGUGCAAGCUUCUUCUUAUCAAUCCACCUGGAAUUAUAUCCGUCAUGUGGCAAGUCACUAAACGACUCGUGGACCCUAAUACAGUAGAAAAGUUAGCUUUCUUGAGCAACGUGGAAGAUUUGAAAAAAUAUUUGGAGCCGGAGGCAAUUCCAGUCGAAUAUGGAGGAACAUAUCGUGAUGAUACUGGAUAUGCAGAUCCACCAGAAGGAGCAUGUAAACAACCAAAGAGAAUUACCAAAGAAGAUUAUAAACCACAAGAGUAUAUUUGGGUUAAAAACGGGAUUCUCAAGGCACCGAAAGGAAAGAGUUACUCGAUAAAAGCAUUCCAGACAUCAGAGUAUAUCAUAAAAACUACGACGGAAGGUAAACUGGUUUGGAAUUACACAACCAGUGGAGACGUUGACUUCGAGAUUGUUAAACGAGACGCUGGUAAAGAGAUGGCUAUCUGGCCGAAGAUCACAGUUACAAGUCUUAAGUUACCAGAGUUUGGCGAGAAACUUGUUGCACCGGGAGAGUAUAUUCUAAGGUUCAAAAAUCCAUCAAGUACGUGGUUCCCAGUGAAAGUCAAUUGUGCUGCUGAAAUUUUAAAUGUGUAAAUAUGACAAUUCAUGUAUUAUUAUCUUUAUUAUGAGAAUGUUCUUACCGAACAUAAAGACAUUAAACAAAUAAAAAAUCAAAAAACC